UCUAUGUUGAGCGAUACUUGAACAAAACAUACAGAGUGCCUCAGCAAACAGGACUUCAAUGGGUCAUGGAGUGUUACGGUCGACCUAGAUACUUUUACAAAAUGUUUCGAAUGGGCAAUGAUGUUUUCAUGGCACUUCAUGAUUUGCUUGUCUCUGCAUAUGGUUUGACGUCAACCACUAAUGUUUCAUCAAUUGAGUCACUGGCCAUGUUCUUAUGGAUUGUUGGAGGCCCUCAAUCAUUUGCUCAAGCUGAGAACCAUUUUGUACGAUCACUUUGGACAGUUCAUACAAAGUUUAAGGAAGUUUUGUUAUGUUUGCGCAAGUUAGCGAAAGAUAACAUCAAACCUAGAGAUCCUACUUUUAGGCAUGAGCAUGAAAAGAUUAAGGAAGAGCGUUUCUGGCCUCAUUUCAAAGGUGCUAUUGGUGCCAUAGAUGGAUCACAUGUGCCAGUUUCAGUGCCUGCAGAUGAUGCGGUUAACCAUAGAUGUCGACAUGGUUUCACAUCUCAGAAUGUGCUUGCAGUAUGUGACUUUGACAUGAGGUUUACGUUUGUGGUUGCGGGUUGGCCGGGCUGUGCACAUGAUACAAGGGUCUUGAAUCAUGCAUUAGCACACUUCCCUUCAUUUCCUAUACCACCCAAAGGGAAAUACUAUCUUGUCGACUCUGGGUAUCCAAACCGAACGGGAUACCUUGCUCCUUUUAAGGGGAGUACAUACCAUCUGCCGGAAUUUCGUCUUCGCCGUCAUCGUCCACCUGAAGGGAAAUACGAGUUGUGUAACUUUUCACAUUCAUCCCUUCGAAAUGUUGUUGAGCGUGCUUUCGGGGUACUCAAGCAGAAAUGGCGCAUCUUGAAAGGGGUCCCAAGUUUCUCACCUCGUACACAUAAGCAUAUCAUCAUUGCUUGCAUGGCAUUGCAUAAUUUCAUUUGUGAUAGCAAGUUAAGUGACAAAGUUUUUGAUAAAUGUGAUGCCGAUGAUGAGUAUGUACCUCCAGUGCUACGAAAGUUGGUGGCACCAACACAAGCGGAUCCCGUUGAAGAAGAGGAGAACGAAGAUAGCAUGAACAAUAUUCGUAGUAGGAUAGCUGAUGCUUGUCUUGCCAUGGCAAGAUAAGUUAGUUAUGUCGAUGAAGGUCAUCAUCAUGUGAACCAUAUGUGUUUUCUCUAUGCUCCACGUCUUCCAUAAUAAUAU